AAAGAAAAUUAACGGCUUUUCAAUAAAUCGAUAACACUUUCAUCCAACGUGCCAUCGUGUCACGUAAAGAAGGGGGCUGAAGGGCACGGCCUUCGUCAAGUCACGAAGAGGAAGAGAGAGAGUUGGAUCACCAUCGAAAGGAACCGACGAAGAGGGAGAAAGAGAGAGAAAUGUCUGCCAUCUGCGUGCAUUGAAGGGAGAGAUCAGCCGAUGGAGAUCUGAACUCAAAGAGAAGAGGGAGAGGACGGGUCCACCCUUAGUAAAUCGUUUGGGCCAAUGUGCCAAGGGGAGUAUGGCACAUUCUUACCUGUUGAUAUGCAAGAUCCUGUUGAAUGCGCUCAUCACCUGAGAACUCGGCUGAAGAGCUAUGAAGAUUCAAAACUUUACUGUAUGGCUAUUGCUACUCUGGAGGAUGCUAGAAGUAUAAAAAAUUUAGCUGAUCGGUUAAAGGCCUUGGAAGUUGAUAUUAGUAAAAUACAUCUUGAGGGAGCACUAACAUUUCUGAAAGGUGCAUCCUUGCUCGAGGAUUGCAUCAUUCAAGGUGAACAACCAAGAGAGACUAAUUAUGUGUUGCAUUACUAUAGAGACGCAGCAAGGCUUUUCAGGUACUCUGCGGCAACCUAUGAGAAGAAUGGGAAGCAUGAAACAGCAGCUCUUGUGUACAAAUGCCUGGAGUUUGCAUACAUGAGAAUCGUCCAUUUAUUAUCUACGACUCUAAAUAAAAGAAGUGUCAUCUUUGAAAGGAGUUUUGAGAAAAAAGCUGAUCGCAAGCAGCUUCUUUGCAUUGGAGACCAUGCUAGGUGUGCUAUAAAUGCAGGACGGAGAUCACUCCAUAUUUUGGAAUUCGGUGUUCCACAACAACAAGGUUCUCAGGGAUGCAUGUCAUCAAUUAAGAGGGUUAUCAGUUGUGUUCACUAUGAUGUUGGGCACUUCAUUCACCUUGUCAAUCUAGCACUGAAGGAUACAGGAAUGUAGAAUACAAGUACUGAGAUCGUAAUAUUGGAAGUUGGUGAAUAGAUAGUAUCAGGAGUACUAGUUUAUAUUUUGUCUUUACCGAGGGACGGGUUUCUUUAGCAAAGACGUUAGUUGGGAAGAACAAAAUUGUUCCCUUUCCUCAACACAGUCUUGCUAUAAAUUUUUUUGGUACUUCUGUAUUCAUUUGAAGCCUUGGAUAUAAGUAAUAUUUUUCUGUUUGAGUGGUUCAAAUUGGAUGAUUUGAAAAGCAAAGAUGGAGGAUAAUACUGCAAGGAUUUAUAUACACCUAUUGAGAUCUCAUUGUGCUCUGGAGCUUGCUAUUAAACACCACGCUUGAAGCCGAGGGAUUGUCAUCAGCAAAAAAGGCUCUUGAUUUCAGUUUCUAUGAUGCGGAAGACUUUGUUCAUCUCAUCAUGUUAUCAGUGAAGGAUGUAGGGAUGCAGAGUGCCAAUUUAAGAUCUGUAAUUUAAACAGCCUGUGCACAACGUUCAUGGUUUUUUUUGCAAAACAA